AUGCGGCCGAACCGCCAUGCUGAACAGUCGCACACCAGAGCAGCUCCUGCAGUACUUACUAAAUUUUGCCUAAAAACACCAAAAACCAGCACUAAUUUGCCGACUGACAGGUGUGACCCAGUGCAAGAAGACACCCUGGUCCCGAGGAGAGGCUUGCUGCACAGUUUAAGUCCCUUGGAGGGGUUCUUGCCAUCACCUAAGAUGGAGAGCGCUCGGGCG